AUGUCAGAAGUUGAGGCCGCCCAGCCCAUCGGCCCACAGCCCGCCGAGGCGGGCCGCGCGUCAGACGACGGCGGAGAUGGACGCCCAUAUGAUUCUGGCAGCCACUAUGGAGGACACAGUAGCUUCAGGGGCGCGCCGUAUAAGAAGACGCUCUGUCGUCACUGGCAGGCUGGGAACUGCCGCAAUGGGCAUCGCUGCACGUUCAGUCAUGGCAUCGAGGAUCUAAAAGGCACUCGAGGUAUUCUGUGCCGGUUUUUCAUCAAGGGGGUUUGUAAGCAUGGCGCCAACUGUCCCUACAUGCAUCCGAGCGGCAGCAGAAUGGCCUUGCCAUCAGAUCUGGGCCUGUCUCCGUACUACUCCGUCUCCGGCUCGGGCUCCCAAUACCCGCAACCGCCUACAGGGUACAAGACAGAUCUCUGCGUGAACCGCAGCGGCCAAUGCAGUGCAGGCGUCUACUGCGGCUUUGCACACAGUGUUGACGAGCUGUUGCCUGGCAAGUUUUCAGUGGAAGAGAUCGCAGCUCUUCGACAGGCGGCGGCGUCGAACAGCGCCGCCCAGCCUGUGUCGCCGUACGGGCAGUACUACGCAGUCGCCGUGCGCGACGGCGCGGCCUAUGGACAGCUGAGCCCGUCUCCAGUCGUGACCGCCACCCCCAGCACUCUGGUGGCGACGCGCUCAGUGGAGCAGCAGAGUCCCUACGUGUAUCCGACGUACACGACGGCGUACUCGUCUGCUUCUGCCAUCCAGCCGGCGCCAGCCGCGAGCGGGCCUCGGCACACAGAGUUGUAUUUCCCUGCGGCGGGAUCUUCUGCGGCCUCCCCCAGUUCGCCCUCGAGCUACCACAUGCAGCACCCCGGAGCGGUCAGCUCCGACCCAGGCGCGGACCGCGCCGUGAUUCUUCCAACCAGCAGAAAGCUCUGCAAUUUCUGGCCGCACGGCUGCCGCAAAGGAGAUGCGUGCCCAUUCGUCCACGAAGCGUCGAUCGUGCAUCCGGCUGUGGCUGGAGAUGAUAUGAAUGGCAGUUCGCGAAGUUAUCCUGGUUACUCUCCGUACGGUCGCGAGUAUGGCUAUGGCAGGGGUAGGCCCCGCUCUCGCUCCCCCGACCGUGGGGGACUGCCAUCGAGGAUGAGGGAGUGCCGGUUUUUCUUGCAGGGCAGGUGCGUGAGAGGAGACGCGUGCGGUUUCCGACAUCCCUCUGAUCGAGCCGACUGA